GUUAUUAGUAGUUUUUCACCUUUCCCAAACUUUCACUUCUUUUACUUUCUUUCCUCUCUGAUUCUGUGAUCCAUUUCUCUCUCUCUCUCUCUCUCUCGCUCUACAAGGAAUCUUUGUCCUUUUUCUCUCCAAUGGCGGAAAGCUCCGCUCUGUGCUUCUCGCCCUUGGCCUCGAUCCCAUCGAUUUCUCGCUUCUCUUCGCUCUCCGCAUUCACUUCCUCUCACAAAUCCUCAAUUUCUCAUUCUCCUCGUCCCUCUCGUCCUCUACGUUUAUCUGUCAAAGCUUCUUCAGAUUCCGGCAACUUUUUCGCCGACGAUUCAUUCGGCUUCUUCCCUUGGAGCCAAGGUGAUAGCGAAAUUGAAUGGGUUCCUGAGGAGAGGAUAACGUUGUUCACUGCUGAUGGGCUUAUUCAGAUUGGAGGCUCCCUAGUCCCUCAACGUGUCUCUUCUUCAGAGAAGCAAGGGAGAUCAAGAACUUCUCAGAGAUUUCAACGCUUUCAAGAAAGCGAUUACAUGGAUCCAGAGCAGGGCCUUUGUCUGGGUGCACUCUUUGAUAUUGCGGCAACAAAUGGACUUGAUAUGGGCAGAAGACUCUGUAUUAUUGGGUUUUGCCGUUCCAUUGAGAUGCUGAGUGAUGUUGUGGAGGACACUGUCUUGGAGCAUGGUGGGGAGAUUGUUACUGCGGAGAAGGCAACCAAAGGCGGUUUGCAUGAGAAGCUAACCAUGACGGUUGCAGUGCCAUUACUUUGGGGGGUUCCUCCUGCAUCUGAAACACUUCACCUUGCAGUUCAGAGUGGUGGAGGGAUUGUGGAUAAGGUUUAUUGGCAAUGGGAUUUUUUGUAGAUGCAUAAUUGAAUUCUUCUAACCAUCAUUAAUGCAUUCUUGUACAUAAAUUUGUUAUGUUCCUAUGUACAAAACCCCAAAUUCAAUGAUUAUAUACCUGUCAAUAUCUAAUUGAUUACUAAA